AGUGGAGGCGUUUUUGUUCACCUCUCUGCACUAUGUCCGGCGGCCUUCUGAAGGCGCUGCGCAGCGACUCCUACGUGGAGCUGAGCCAGUACCGGGACCAGCACUUCCGGGGUGACAAUGAAGAACAGGAAAAAUUACUGAAGAAGAGCUGUACGUUGUAUGUUGGAAAUCUUUCCUUUUACACAACUGAAGAACAGAUCUAUGAACGCUUCAGCAAAAGUGGUAACAUAAAGAAAAUCAUUAUGGGCCUGGAUAAGAUGAAGAAAACAGCAUGUGGGUUCUGCUUUGUGGAAUACUAUUCAAGAGCAGAUGCGGAAAAUGCCAUGAGGUACAUAAAUGGAACUCGUCUGGAUGACCGGAUCAUUCGCACAGACUGGGAUGCAGGCUUUAAAGAGGGCAGGCAAUAUGGCCGUGGGCGAUCUGGGGGCCAGGUACGAGAUGAGUAUCGGCAGGACUAUGAUGCUGGGAGAGGAGGCUAUGGAAAACUGGCCCAAAACCAGUGAGUGGUGAGACCCCAUCAUGAAAACUCACUCUUUGGCCUGUUGAAUUUGCCGUGCAUUACCCAAGGUCUGCAAACCUACCCACGUUUACCAUGCUUUGAUCAAGGUCUCUACUGAGCUGGAACCCUUUUCAUGGUUUUCUUUUGAAAACUAUUAAAGGACAGAAUCCAAAGGAA